AAUGAAACAGACUCAGUGCACAGUGCAGGACCCAGAUGUCUCGGGAGUGCUAAUCGAUGUGGCCAAACACCUGGGCAACCUGAAGUUCCAAGUCUGGCAGACGAUGACGGGAAUGGUGAAGCACACUCCUGUUAUUCUGGACCCCAACACAGCCGGACCCUUCCUUAUAUUCUCUAAGGAUCUGACCAGUGUCACAUCAAGCGAAGCACGCUUCACGUGCGCGGAUCCCAAUACUCUUUUUGGCUCACAAGGAUUCAGCUCAGGGAAACACCAGUGGGAUGUUGAAUUUCACGAACAUACUUUUAUAGAUAUAGGUAUUGCUGAGGAGUGUCAAAAACAGAGAUGGAGUAAAGAUGAACGCCAUGUCUGUACAGUACGUUACUGUGGUGGUUGUCACGUAAUAGAAGAAAAAUCUGUACUCAGGGGAAUGCUUAAGAUAAGAGUGCUCCUGGACUGCAAUGAAAAGACUCUGUCAUUUUUUGACGUCUACGGCAAUAAAACCUUCGCAAAUGGUAAGAGAUACACUCUCACAGGGAAACUCUUUCCAUUGUUUUACUUUUAUGAAGUAAUUGAUGACUUGAAUCUGAAGAUCUUGCCUGCCAAGAUCAAAGUCAUGCAGAAAGUACAGUGACUGAAAAGCCACGCUUCUUCAA